AUGUUUAAAAAUACAUUCCAAUCAGGCUUCUUGUCUAUAUUUUAUAGUCUUGGAUCGGAUCCAUUACAACUCUGGGCAAAAUGCUCGCAUAUUGAAUUUGUUGUCGAUAAUAUCCUCAACUCUCAGGUUUUGGAGUUGCUCUCAACCAACCUUUCUUCAACUUUCAUUACGACCCCGCCCCUGAUUACAAGAACAUUAGGGAUCAGACUACCGAUCCUUGUAUUUCUGACGAAGAACAUUGGGAAGUACUGGAGCUUUGAGGUUACUGUUUUGGAUGACCGCGGAGAGAAACGAAGGUUCCGAGCAUCUAAUUUCCAGACUUCAACACGUGUCAAGCCGCAUAUCACCACUAUGCCAUUGCGGAUGGAUCCAGGAUGGAAUCAGAUUCAACUCAAUCUUGCAGACUACACUAAGCGUGCGUACGGAACAGCGUAUGUAGAAACACAAAGGAUCACAGUCAACGCCAGUUGUAGAAUACGCAGAAUUUAUUUUUCAGAUCGAUUGGUUCAAGAGAGUGAUCUUCCAGCUGAAUUCAAGCUAUACUUACCUGUAGUGAAGUGA